CACCGCAUCGUUAUGUUGCUCUAGUCUUCGUCUGGUCUACUGAAGAAUAAUGCAUGAUAAUGCAUAAUAAUGCAUAAUAAUGCGUGCCGGAUAUGCGAUACACGCUUCCACGAAAAGACUAUUUUGCUAUUUACCAACUGAUAUGGGGAUUUAUUGGUCAACUUGUUCUACGCGUCGCCGAGGAUAUUCCAUAGGGCGGGAAAUCCAUGAUGCAAUAGAUUUAAUAUUUUCGCGUUUUACCUAACCUUUUUGGCAUUAUCAUCUAAAUUUCAGAGCAUUGACACCAGAUGCGUUGUAUUGAGUGAAAGAUGCUUCACCAUGCUAACAAAGAAGGCAAGAAAUCUCCGUUUGGACAUCCUGUCUACGGCCAGAUUGUUUUCUCGACCAUCUUCCUCCUCCUCCCUCCUUGUCUGGUCACCGCCUCCACGGUUACCACAGUAGUGGAACAGUUUUGCAAGGAUCCUGAUGUUCCUGAGCAUGGAAUCAGAACUCCAAGCCAUGGUGUGUUCUUUGAAAACUCAGUGGCCAGAUUCUCUUGUGUGGAAGGUUACAGCUUAAAGGGGCCAGCCAAAAUUGUCUGCACACGCUUCCACAAUGGAUCGGUAGGCUGGAAACCAAGCCUUAAACCAGUGUGCCUUUCAGAAGAUUGUUUUCCUCCAUUCAUCGAGGAUGCUGACAUCACUAAUAAAACGUACAGGCCUGGAGACAGCCUCAUUAUUAGCUGUCAUGAGGGAUUUCAGAUUCGAUACCCUGACAUGGAAACUAUGGUGUCAAUCUGUCAGGCUGAUGGGACAUGGGAUAAUCAGCCAACUUGUCAAGGCUGCCUGCGGCCGCUGAUACCUCCACACAGUUACAUGAACAUCUCAGAAACAGAGUUCUCUGUGCCUGUGGGUACAGUAGUCCACUACCAGUGUUUCCCUGGGUACAAGUUGGAGGGACCUGAACUUCUGGAAUGCAUGUAUAACCUCAUCUGGUCGGACACACCACCCCGGUGCCUUGAUGUUGAGGCAUGCUCUCUACCCCCAAUGAUAGAGCAUGGAGAUUACAUGUGCCACCCUCAUCCAUGUGACCGCUACAUUCAUGGGACAGUCGUAGAAUACUACUGUUAUCAUGGCUUCUCUCUAGUGAAAGACUACAAGUACAUCACCUGUCAGUAUGGGCAAUGGUUUCCACAUAUGCAGUUAUACUGCAUCAAAGAUGAGACAACCUGGCCAGGAUUUCAAGAUUCUCUACUGACCACAUGGAAAGUAGUGGCUUGUACGGCCACUAGUGUGCUGCUAGCCCUGCUCCUGGUUAUAACAGCCAAGAUGUUCCACUUCAAAUGCAAGUCCCAGCAAGAUCCAAGUGAAGAGCAAGAAGACAGCCAUGAUCCAAACAUCUUGGUUGUCGAUGGUAUUGCUGUACCACUGCCCUCUUAUGAAGAGGCUGUAAGCGGUACUUGUUGUCAGCCCCCAAGUGAGUUGCCCCCUGCUGGUCUGGGAAGCACACAGCAUUCAGAGGAACAAAAUCCACCUUCAUAUCCUGGCCACACAGGAAGUCAUAUUGGUGUGCCAUUGGACACUGGUGAGGGUGAUAUCAGCGAUAGCAUCUCAGACACAUCAGAAUGUCUCCAAGGCAUACAGCCAUCUUCCUCCCAUGCAGGUGGACUAAAUAACAUGUCAGAGAAAACCAAUGCAAUCACCUCUAUGGAGGAGACUGCCUCCACAAGCCCCAGCAUAGACAUUGCAGAUGAAAUUCCUCUUGUGGAGGAUGGUGAAGAGGACUGCUGAUUGUUAUCUCUAUUUAAAAAUGAGACACUGGUAGAUUCACCUUACUCUUAAUUCAGCAUUCAUUUCUGAUUUUGUUGAAUAAUGUGGCAAAGGCCAAAUUUCUUCUCAUACAGAAUCUCUGCACACAUAAUUUAAUAAAGAGCACACCAACGAAAUAUAGGCAAUUAAAAUGAUUAAUGAAGAGAAAAUAAACUCCCAAUUUCUUCUCAUGGACAAACUAUGCAUUCCAUCAUGGCAUAUUAAGUUAGUUUAACUUCCCCACUACACAAUGCAAAGCAUCCAAGUAUUCUAGAUUAUUUUUCCUGUGACUUUCACUGGGUAGCUGUGCUGAAUUUGGGACUGCUUUCAAAUGGUAUGGACUGUAAUAACAAUAAUGACAAUUUCUUAAAUAAAUGACACCCAGUGUUGGGUGUUUAAACUUUAAAUGUGAGUUCAUUAUUAUUUUAAACUGUUAGCCAACCUGCACUUUUCUGGGCUAAUUGUCAAUUAAACUAAUGGGACAAGUUAAAACCUGAUGAGCUGGCUCCAGAGUAAAAAGUUAUGAAACUUCGGUUGGAUUUAAUCAAAUAUGAGAUGAAUUAUAAAAUGGAAAAAUGUGUAAUGAAGCAAAAAUGUUGGUUUAAGUCUUGUUGGGGUCAGUGUUGGGUGUAAUGCAUUACUAAUUACUGUAAGUAAAUUACUUUUUCAUUGAAAAAGUAAAGGAUUACUUUAAGUGUUUCCUGUAAUUUAAUUACAGUUACUUCUGAUGUAAUUGCGUUAAAUAAUGUAUAGACUAUAGAACAAUUCUAUAUAAAACAAUAGUGAAUUUAAAAUCGAAUUUAACAUCUAAUGUUAUAAUAUACUGUAUGUUUUCUAAUUUAACGCUGCCCUUUUAAAUUCUUUG